GUCCCCGGCUUCGGAAAUGACGAGGACAUCUUUGUGCGUGACGCUAAAAGUAGUUCUUCCAGCGGAACGAAACCAAGCGCUGUUGCCCGUCAGAGGGAAACAGGCAAUUGGGCGAACAACGCGCAGGUUACCGCGGAUGAGUUUUACAGUACAGUCAAGCGGAAGCAGGAGUUGCGGAAAAUGAUCCAAUUCAUUCACAGAAAUCAGGAAAGGGUUAAUUCAGUGCCGAGGCUUUCGUCUCAUUUAAGAAAUUCAUCUACUGAACAUUCAACAGGCGGAGAGCGCAGCAGCUCAGACGAAAGUGAAAUUUAUUCACAAUUUCAGUCGAGCAAUGACGGGAAACAUUCAAUCCAUCUAAAACAUGUUAAACCACGGUACGGGUUAGAUGUAAAGCCAAGGUCGACCAACGAAAACAAAAAUGUCAUCAAGGUCAUUACAAGGAACCAACCAGUGCGUGACACCCGUACUCUGGAAGCCAAAUGCUCGACACCUGAAGAGGAUAGUCCAAGAAAAAUACUAAACAAAUAUCUUCAAGACAGCCCUUCAAAUCAAGAAAUGUCAAAUAGAGGGACCACAUCUGUACGGAAAACGUUUGUUAAAGAAUUAUCUGAUCAAUUAAAAAAACAGCGACGGGAAAAAGCUGGCGAGGAUCUUAUUCGAAGAAGCCAUAGUGCCAUUGACUUUGUGCAACGUUCAAAAGACAAUCUGCGAGAUUCUUUACCACCGUCUCAGAGGAACAGUAUCAAAGAUUCGAGCCGCCCUCAAAGUGCGAUCAAUUGGCAGAACUUAAAACCGAUACAGGGAAGAAGUAAAACUCAUUUAAAAGGCAAAAGAGAAUUGAGACUUGAAAAGUUUCAUGUCGAUGGCCCCAGACAAUCCCCGCUGUUAAGGCAGGUUGAGACCCUUCAUAAGGAAGUCGACGAAAGACUGGCCAGUAAAGAAAACGUGGCUCACUACGUGAGAAGCGUUGAGCUGAGCAGGCUGUGUGCAGACGAGGGCGAUGACCUGGGUGACCUGAGCGACGCCAGCACCAUCACCAACUGUGACAGCAGUGCAGACGACGACGAGGUGGGGUCAGGGUCAAAUUUCAAGGUCAAUAAACCGGCGCCUUCGUUUAUAACGAGCACGCCGCUGAAAGAGGUCAACCGGGUGCACAUGGAUGGGGGCCGGAAGUAUGACAAAAGGAUAACUUUCACAAAGAGCGGACACGCUGUUAAGAGACCGGCCACACAGGGCCACACAAAUUCAAAGCAGUUGGUUACGGACGGACGCGAGGCGAACGUCGAUCAGUUUUCAGACCUUCCCGGCCAUGGUAUGAAAGCAACACCUCGGAAGAUGCAGACUCCAGAUUAUACAAACAGGCAGUCUGUCAAAGAAGCCAGGGCCUUGGACGAAGAUGCCGAUGAAGAUGACCUUGAAACGUCCCCAUCGCCAAGGCCGGGGUCAGUGGGUGCACGGACGAUUGCACGAUGCGGUGACGCGGAUAUUGUAAGCCGUAUCCUCAAGAAGAUGUCUUCCGGUUCGCUGAGGGAGUCCCCGCUUCCACCCAGUCCAUCCCGUGAGAUGGCCUACCUGAAUGGCCAUGUCGUGCUUCAUAGAAAUAUGAUCACUCCCAUUGGGAGGUAAGUCACAUCAUACAUCAUGGGCGUAUCUAGUUUGCUGACACUUUUAUACAGAAAAAAAAAAAACUCACCAUCAAACUGUGAAAAACAUUUAAAAAAAUAAAAACUUCCCAAUUUAAAGCUUUAGGACACUCGAAUUGACCAUCGUCCUUGCUUGACCUUGACCUGUUAGCGCCAGGUAUACUCUCCUUCGCUUAUCAACCUCAUUGUAUAUAUAUUUUUUAAAGUCGAAUCUAAACAUUAGGAUUACAUGGUAUUGUCACGUUCUUGGUGUUAAACGUGAUGGGAGAUAUAUUGUUUGUUACGAUAAAUAGAAUGGACGGCCCCAUGAAAAAAAAAAUGAUGAACAUGGAAAUAGUUUAUGGUUUUGUUUGAUGGUUUCUGCAUGAUAUUUAUAGUCAGAUGGUGGACGCAAAUAUUAAAUUUUCAAACGUACAGGUUCCUUUUGUGUUUUUAUUUAAAAGAGAACAAUUGGUGCAUUCAUGUUAACGAAAUGAAACAGUCAUUGUUUCUCUCGCGGUGUUUCGGGCAUCAACAGCGGCAAUAAUAUUAAAACAAUAACAAUGUGCACACAGUAUAAUGAGACUCAUCGGCAAGUGUGUGAAAGCUAUUUAAAAAUGCAACUCGUAACGAAUUUAAUUUUUUUUUUUAACACUUUCGAAACUUUACAUUUUGUUAGUAAAGGCUGUAGAUAUGGAAAUUCGUAAUUUUAAAACUUUUCUAAUAAGACCCUGACAGACUUUCAUAAAUGUUUGUUAUAAUAAUGUCAUGGUGAAACUCUGUCAUCAAAUUAAAUCAUUGUGUUCACCCCGACACUGUUCACAAUCAUGUCCAUCCAUUUUGUCCUUAAAUUAUGAACGCACAGGUAGAAAUAUUAGUAGCAUGUGAAUUUUGCCUGCAUUCUGACCGAAUGUUCCUCCAUUAUGUUCCACCAUAAUGUCCCUACAUUAUAUCCCUUCAAUAUGUCCAUCCGUUUAUGUCCCUUUAUUAUAUACUUCCAUUAUUUCUCUCCAUUAUGUCGCUCUAUUAUGUUUCUCCAUCAUAUUCCUCUAUAUACCCCACCAUCAUGCCCCCCCUUAUGUCCCUUUUCAUAGAUUAAUGAGACACACGCAAAAAAAGUAUGUAAAUAAAACAAUAUAUUUUGAGCUUUAAUUAUGAUUGUACAAAAAUACAAAUUCAAACUUCUCGGGGAAUGCCUUCAUCAGAUAACAACGAAAUAACAUCAAUAUAAUCAUAGAUUAAAUGUACAUAAUAUAUUUAUGUAUAUCCUACCUAUAUCUAAAAAUGAAAGCAAAUAAAAGAAUGAGAAUGGGCACAAGUCCCUAAUGAAAACUAAGAUCAGAAGAAAUCGAUAGUUUACGAAAAUCAACGAGAUAUAAACUCAAAUGUGAAAUGCUCUCAACCAAUUGUCAGAACUGUAUCUUUAUAUAAUACAUACUGAUUAUUUUUAAAAAAAAAAUUAAAACGCUCAUGUGGUCUGCUUCGAUUAGUUUUGAGAACCACUUACACGAAAGUAUUAUGUAGAAACUAUUUAGAUAUCGUCUGUAGGGGAUAAUCGAUAAAUAAUAACUUGAUAGAUAUGAGUUCUCUGAAUUGACUGCAUCGGAGGCCAUUCUAUACGCAUAUCUCUAGCCCGAGGCCUGUCAACUGAACGUAUGCUACCGAUUGUACAAUAUCGAUUGGUGUGUCUUUCAGAAGUCAAUGAGAGUGAACAUGAGUAACCGCCCUUUAAUUAUUAUCGUUGGACCAAUCGAAGGCAAGCGAACAGCGCAACAGCAGAAGUGAAUGAAUGUGAGACUUGACUAAGAGUCAAUGAAUAUGCAAUCAUGUGUAUGCAGGCGUUAAUUUAAAAAAAAUACUACCAAGCAAGGUAUUUACGUUUUUAAGACUUGCUUGAGAAACGAACAAAUUAAUGACUAAUAACUUAAGGGAGAAUACACACAAAAAAAAUGUCUAAGAGAGUUACUUAGAAGCAAAACCAUAAAUUACUAAAAGACCUAUGUGGGACGAUAGGAAUAAAUGAGAAUAAAACGUAACAAACGACAAAGAGGUGUGGGUUGGGUCGGUGGGCUGAGUGUAUCUGAAUGUCUAAAUUUCUUGAGUAACUUAGUAAAUCCCGUGUGGGCGAUUUGAACAUUUUUAAUAUUAUCAUUAGCAAUCACCUACUUCUGCUGUUGUGCUGUUCGCUCGCCUUCGAUUGGUCAAACGACAAUAAUUAAAGUGCGGUAACGCAUGUACACUCUCACUGACUUCUGAAAUACAAUAGCACAUACAUAUUCUUAAUUAUACUUUUUUUUUUUUUAAAUGUGCGCCAGGAGAUUAGACAAAAGUCACUCCCUACUAAUAUUUAAUUUGUUCAUCAGUCAGAACACAAAAAUACCCAAACAUUCUACAUUGUCAAUGGUUAUUAUAUUACAUAAUUUAUAAACAGGAAAUAACAAUUAUCUUUUAUGUUUUGUUUUGUAAGUAUGUAAACGUUUAAAUGUUUUUGGCUCCCCUAAGUGAGGCGUCAUCACUUUUGGAAUACGCAAACUAUUACCUUAAGAUCAUAUUGCGAGGCGCUAUUCACCAGACCGUAAUGUGCUAUUGUCGAGCUACAGUCUUGAAUGUGCACGUCCCCCCGAAUCUCGUCGGUCCAUGAUAUCUAUUAUAGUGUCUAUUUUUUUGUUUCUUGCAUUUAUUGUGUUCUUUUCUAAUAGGGCCAGCCCGGCGGAGAGUUUACUGAAUCACGUGGACAACCCGACGAUGGUCAGACUUUUGCAGAUGCUUUACAAGGCUGACCCUGCCACCAGGCAGAUCAUAAUGGUCAAGGUCAGCUUCAUGUUACUGGAAUUCACCACUUUUUCUAGCAUAUUAUUUUUAUUUCUAGUAUCGUUUUUUUAAAUGUUAUUUGUGUUGAUUUUCCUCCAUUUCGAGUAUCGUUUUUUUAAAAUGUUAUUUGUGUUGAUCUACCUCCAUUUCGAGUAUCGUUUUUUUUUUGGGCAAUUGUAUCAAUUCGCCACGGGAUAGGUCACCAAUAUUAAUGUAGUCUAUGCUUCUAUAAGUGUUCCAACCAAUGAUGAAAAAAUAAAAAUGGUAUUUAUAGAAUUAUUAUUAUUUUUUUUUAUUUUUUUUAAACCUGAAUUAAAUAUAUUAUAGAAAACUGAUGAGAAACGCAAUAAAAGCUGAAUGAUACUGCAAAGCUCUGAAAAUGAUCGUGCACUUGCUGUGAAUUUUGUGUAAUUAUUAUUCUUAGCAAGAUGCGUAUCUCUGCUUGUGACCAUGUGACCACUUCCCAUGUACAGUUCAUAUUUCAUGUCACAUCCUGACAUCAUUUUUUACCAUGUGUUUCAAUCGAUCUCCUUAAACUUAAAUUUUGGCAGCUCCCACUCAAAGAUGUAACCAGGCGUGUGAAUUUAAAAACAACUUUCUGGUGAUCGGUUUACAGAGCGUCCCCCCCAACCCCCCCCCCCCCAAAUAAAAAAAAAUUAAUUAAAACCUCUUCAGAACCCUCCAAAUUUUGGCCGCCCCCACUCAAAGAUGUAACCAGGCGUGUGAAUUUAAAAACAACUUUCUGGUGAUCGGUUUACAGAGCGUCCCCACCACCCCCCCCCCCCACCCCAAAUAAAAAAAAAUUAAUUAAAACCUCUUCAGAACCCUCCACCCUUCUUAGCCAUUUUCUCUCCUUCCCUCUAACCCUGAUCAAAACUUAACUACCAACACCUUUUUAUCUACAUAAAAUCUGUGCCCUUCAACCCACCUCCCUUCUCAAAACAUGUUUAUCAACUUGUAGGUAUAAUUCUGGAUGAUGGUCGACGCAACUUGGCAAAUGUAAUAAAGGGGUCAUGGAACUAAAAUAAAGUUGAGAACCGCUAUUAUACUACUAUUAAACUAUAAGUGUUAUAAUCAUUCAACUUUGAUGCCUUCGUACAGGCACUUUUCACUUCUCCCCACUGGGUUGAACACAUUAAAGUGAAUGAAGAUAUAACUAUUAAUAUAAUUUUUUUUUUCCUGUAACACCCGGACUCGGACCCGCCGGGAAUUGUCACAAAAUACCCGGACUGGAUGUUUUAAAAAAAUGAAUCUGGCUCAGCCCUAGUUUUAACGGCUUCUGACCUUUUUGUUGAGAUAUUUUUUGUUGGAAAAGGGCAUCUCUUUAAGUAGAUAUUCAUCUCCUAAGUAGAUAUUCAUCUCCUUAAGUAGAUAUUCAUCUCCUUAAGUAGAUAUUCAUCUCCUUAAGUAGAUAUUCAUCUCCUUAAGUAGAUAUUCAUCUCCUUAAGUAGAUAUUCAUGUCCUUAAGUAGAUAUUCAAUGUUCCAUAAUUCCACUCCAAAUUUGAUAACGCCCUUCGAAUUAUUUCCGAUCCUAAAUGAAUCAUACCUGUUGUUGUUGUUUUUUUUCUAAUAUUAUCUUGUGAAUCGAUCAGCAGCAAAACUAUUUCUUGAAUACCUCCAGGUCCAGUAUUUCAAAGCCUGGCAUCUGCACGUCGUGUCGUCACGUGAACACCGGCUUAAGAAGAAGGCCCUGGCCACAAAGUACGUGUUGUACUGCUUUGAUUCACUGGGUUGACCAGCCAGGGGGGGGGGCGCGCCGGCAGCCCCAAGGGGGGGGUGGAGAGGUGGCCUUUCAAUGGCGAGAUAUGGGGGGGGGGGGGGUUGAUUAUAAGAAUAUAGGCUCCGUUGAAUUUUAUGUUAUUUCUUCGUGAACUUUUUAUACUAUAAAAAUGAGUCAAACGUUCAUGUUUUAAGCUCAACAUUUACUGUAAUUAAUUAGUUUUGAAAAGAAAUAGAAGUCCAUUUUAUAACCAAUUUUAAAACGUAUUUUUACUUAGGCAGUGGAUGAGAUAAUUAGUCAACCAGUUUAUACAUGGUACAAGAACUUGAUCGAAAAAUUCAGCGGGUUAAAAUAACGAUACUUUAUGUCUAGUGAGUUCAAGGAUACCAAACAUGAUACGCUAAUGUACUUUACGAUAACAAUUUCAACACUUAAUAAUAGGAGGGUUCACCUUUUUGUAAAAUUGAAUGAGCCAGAUUGUGUAAAAGAAAUAAUUACCUUCUAUCGUAAUGUUCAUAGGAAAGACUAAUUUAUCUUCUAACCAUCAGGUCCGUGACGUUCCGCAUCAGCAGACUUCUCUUACGUCACUUCCUCUGCUGGCAACAGAGGUCAGCGUACAACAUGAAAAUGCGAAGAGCCACUGCCAUGUUUCGAGCCCAUAUGUUGACCAAGGGCUUCAAAGCUCUCCAGUGGUCAGUCAGGCAGUCACGUCAUCGGACAGAGAAGCUGCAAGCGAAACUUCACUCCAUAAUGCUCAAAGGAACCUUCUUUAAAGUAUUCAGCUGAUUGAAAAUCUCACACAUUUCUUAAAAGUUGAUUCAGAAGUGAAGAGACCUUUUCACCUUUGGUCUUUAAAAAAAGAAAAAUUAUAAUUAAAAAUGAGAAAUUAUUUAAGUUUUUUAAAGAAACAAAACAUACAAAUUAUGCUUAGAGAGAAAAUUGCUCUUCUGCAAAGUUUUUUGACACCCCCAAAAAAACACAUUAACUUUUCGUCUCAAUGCCUACUUGAGCAGCUAUAUUAUUUAUUGUAUGAUAUAAAUACUUUUAGAAUGUCCUUCGUUUUGAUCCCCCAGUUAAAGAUAAAACUCAACAAUAAACUUUUAUUUUCUUGUAGUGGCGAACAAAAUCAGAGACACGGAGAAGAGAGAGGCUGGAGAACGCAGUGAAGAGAUGGAAACAGUUUGUUUCGGAAACACAUAAGUAAGUUCACAUUUGAAACUCACUAGAAUGCGAGUGUGUCAGUGGAAAAAAUUCGGCUGAAUGGCCAGGAGGAAAAAAUUACCUCGUUACUUCAACAAAAAUGACAAAAAAAUAUAAAAUUAAGGUAAAAAGACCUCUCUAAAAGACCUUCUAACUUAAACCAGACAACUAAAAAAAUUAGAUAAAUUUUUAAAAGAUAAUUUUUUAAAAAGGCAGUCUUUAGAGCAUACCGUUCUUUUAUUUACUGCGAACAACUCUAACUCUAAAACUAAUUGAGAACGUUCCUAUUAUUUACAACCUUGUUAUUCACUGGAUUUUUUUUUUAAGUAAAGUUUCUUAAACAUAUUAAAUAGGCUGGCUACAUGAUAUCCACGCAUAAUAAACUAUUUAAAAUGUUUUGUUCGAUCAGAAUACGACACAUGCGAGAGGUCACAGAAAGGAACGUGUUAGUGGAUGUCACAAGACGCUGGAAGAAGCUCUACAAUAAGCAGCGGAAACGCAACCUGGCUUUCCACUACUUCAGGUAGUGAAUUUAUUUCUUUGCAGGCUUGGCUUAAUAUCUGUGCAAUAGAAUAGUUGAGCUAUUUUGAGUUUUCGCUUCUGUUUUUUGUUUUUGUUUUUUUUUUAAGUUUGUUUGUUUGUUUUUGACCGGGAGGGGGGGGUGGGUGGGUGGGGGUGAGAGGCACUCAUAUUGCUUACAUUUCAAAGUACAAGCUUUUUAAAUACACCUAGUUUAUUUAUUUGUUUUAGCAAUCCUAUUUAUUAUUAAAUCUUAUUUCUGACACUUUUCAUCAUUCAUGAGCAGUUUUUUUAAUGUAACAUACAAAUACGUUAUUAAAUGUAUAUUAUUUCUUUUUUUUUCUUUUUUUUUUUCAUUUUUAUUCUUUAUUUACGGUUACAAACAAUCACGACCUUCAGAAAAACAUUGCUGAAACAUGUGAUAGACAAUUGGAAGAGCUACGUGAAGGAAUGCAAGGCCAAAAAGGAAACACAAGCAACGGCGCUGUAACUAUGUUUUAUUUUCUGUGUUAUAUUUUUAAAAACACUUAAGUUUAAAAACUGAAUAGUCAUCAGUUUAUUGUUAAAAAAAAUAAUUUAAGUGGAAACCUCUUAAGAAUUACACUUCCUGGAUCACAGCAAUGCACUCUCCGGUAGUCUAAAAUUAUUUAUAACCCUUUACAGAUAAAAGUUUUAUUGAAAACCUCAUUCCAGCAGGCACCAUUGACCCAAUUGUAUUAUUUUUGUAUUCUUUUCUUUGUUUUUUUACUUUUCAAAAUUUACAUUUUUUAACCUUCUUGGGACCGGUGACCGGUGACCGGGGGGGGGGCUUGUGCAAAAUGGCUGUCCGAUGACCACCACGGGGAGGUACUGGUGUUGAGAUUAGGGUUUUAACCUCCAGCACCAUUUACCCAAUUUUAUUAUUUUUUUAUUCUUUUCUUUGUUUUUUUACUUUUCAAGAUUUACAUUUUUUAACCUUCUUGGGACCGGUGACCGGUGACCGGGGGGGGGGGGCUUGUGCAAAAUGGCUGUCCGAUGACCACCACGUGGAGGUACUGGUGUUGAGAUUAGGGUUUUAACCUCCAUAUGCCUAGCACUUAUCACAAUCCAUUCAAUAUCUAAUUGAUGUAACUACUAUUCAAAUCAAGUUGUUUUUUUUACCCUAGGACUCGCUACCAGACCACAUUGGUAAGAAUAACUUUUCAAACCAUGAAGGUCGUUUUCAGCAAGUCCCAAAAGGCAAAAUCACAUUUUAGGUAAAUAUUUUGUCCAAACACAACGGCAUAACACGCAUAUCUGAAAUGGAAAUGCUUGCUCUUACAACUUGCAUUUAACAGAAAGCAACUCAAUCUUCUAACCCUAAUAACUAAUACUUCUGUUGAAAUUGUCUGUAAUACGUCGUAAUUUGUUUUCUAUUUUUAGAUAUCAUACACUUAAAGAAUUUUUCCAUGAGUGGAAAUCAGUUAGCCAAAUUUUUAAAGACGAAAGAACGGCAGAUGAGUUAUCUAGUUUACGACACUGGGAGAGAAAGAAAAUGCAGCAGACAUUGUUCCAUUGGUGUGAGCAAAUCAAGCUCAGGACAGCUGAAAGGAAGGCCAAUUUCAAAAUUUGCAGGUAAGAUAUAGAGUUUAACCUUUGCAAAGCACAGUUUUGUAAUUUGAUUUGCUCUUCUCUGGAGGGCUGUGUAAAACUAGUUAAGAGAUAUACUCAGUGAGAGACAGUACUAAUGACAUUCACUAGUGGUACAAACCAAGCCUAGGUGUUCCUAGAUCACUUGGGUAGGAGUAGGAAUAUUCUCUACAAACCUGGGAUGGUUUUAUCAUAUAUAUAACUUUUUAAAAGUAUUGCAGCCUAAGACUAAAGCGGUUUAAAAUAAAAUUAUCAAUAAACAAUACUAUAUAUAUUUUGAGCUGGUCUGAGUGACAUUACUGAACAGAAAGUUUUGCUAUUUCUUUCGCAAGUACGCAUGCAAUAUUUUAAAGAUGUUUUUUCUUAUGAACUUUCUUAAAAAUUACUGGACUGGAUGAAUACUUGUUUUAUUUCUAUUUAUUUUUUAAGUAUUGCUUUUUUUAAAACUCAGCUUCAUAGUUUAAAUGGUAAAUGCAAUCCUGCCAUGUCAUUACUCUUAAGAGGAUGCAUUUAAUGCAAACUUGAUCAAAACAUUUUGGCCACCUACAUCACAAAUCUGGUUCAUGAAUCUACUCGUGGAUCUCAUUAGCUACACAUAUUGUAUACUAAUAUCAUAAUAAGGCGUUAGUUUCGUAUCGUCACGAUAUCUCUUCACUUCAGUGUUUGGUAUAUUUAAUUAAAGGAAAUCGUUCACGACCUGGCUGCACAUCUGGAGGCACAACUUGACUCACAGGCAGGACAUUGAGCACGCUCUGCUCCGCAAGAAGUUGCACCGGGCUCUGCUGACGUGGCGGCGGAACGUGGUCAUUGUGCAGCAGAGGCAAACACUGGCAGUGUCACUCAUUGAGAGCUGUCAUCUGAGACAAACGCUGAAAGCUUGGAGGACGUACACCGUAUCACGUGUGCUCUUAAAGUAAGAUAACUCUUUGAAUGACGUAUUCAUUCCAUUCGAUUGUUGUUGUCUUUAAAGAAAGAGAAGUGUAUUAUUUAUUUACCUGCAAGGAGAUAAUAGAAAAAAAAAUGUCUUGAUAAAAAUGGUUGAUCGGCACUAUUUUAAGCAUUCAUGUUUUCUUUUAUUGUUGUUUCUUCCAUUGUUAUUAUUAUGUUUGCUUUAAGAAAAAACGAUGGUAUAGCUUUAUUUAAAAAAACCAAUGGGAUUAUUGAUCAUGUCUCAGACCUCUCUUAGUAUUAGUUAAAACUCCUUGUACCUGUUUGUGAUGACAGAUAUCACGUGAUACUUAACCCAGAGUGAAAAAAAACAUACAGAGUUAUCAUUCGCUAAGCGUGUGAAUACAGUGCAAGUAGUUAUCAGUAGGACACAUGUGCACGGCGGUGUUACCAGAAAGACAACAAAAACUGAUUUUCUAGACUAGCAAUACUAGCAUAUAAUAUUAAUAUUAUCCUUUGGACGGGUGUCCUUUUGCUGUUCCUAUUUUUAAUUACUUUUUUUUUUAAUCAGAAAGAGUUGAUUUUUAUUCAGAAUUAAUAUUGGCCCACAUCUUUUAAAAGCAGGCAAAUUUGUUAUUUAAUUAUUUUCCCUACAACAGAAAAACUGCAAACAACCAUUUAAAAGCUACUCAGCACAGAACGUUAUUGUCCUGUUUCUACAAAUGGAAGAGUUCAUUCCUGCGUAGACAGGAAGCAGAGAAUGUCAAGAGGAUCAUAUCAGAAAAUUGUGCGAGGUAAGUUGAAUGGGGUAAAUUUUGAAUUAACUGUAUGAGUUUUGCCAAGAGUUUUCUCACCCUAAGAGCAGUGACGUCACAUUGGGGAAUCCCAACAAUGACACUGAGCAUUACUCGCGUCAUAAACGAUAGGUUAAUAUAUAUGAAGUAUAUUGAAAUGAAAUUUUCCAUUAAUUUGUAUUAAAAUUCAACUUACACGUUUCAAAAGAAAGGAAAAAAGAAACCCCAAGACCCAAUACCCUUAAAAAAAAAAAAAGACGCCCUCCAAAUUUGAUGUAUUUUGAGUAGUUGAAAAUACCCGUAUGUCUUCUUCUAUAUCUUAAGGGCCCACGAUCAAUUUAUUGAUCAUUUUGGCUCCUAUGCAUGUAGAUGGGAUUUGCAAUGUUUCUGUUACUGGUGGUGAUGAGUAAAUUAUGCACUAGGGGUUUGAAGGCUUGAGGCAAUAGACACAAAUGUGUCUAGUGCUGUCGCCUCAACUGUUCCUUUUGAAAGAUGGUUCCAGUCCCUGAUUGUCUCAGGCAGGAAUGAGCAGCUCCUAUACUGGCUUCUUGCUGGUAUGAGCCUGAAUUGCCUGUCAUGGCCUCGUCGCUGUCUAUGGGGGACUCCCUGCUCAAAGACAAAUUAUGACCUUGUCACCUGGUCGGCAUUAUUUAUCUUGUACAUCAUGGAGAGCCUGGAUUGUCGUCGUCGUUUCUCCAAUGGUGACCAGCCUAGUGUUUCUAGCAUGCUACCAACACUAGAGGUAUUCCUGUAGCGGUUUAGGACAAAACGUGCUGCUCGUCGCUGGACCGCCUCCAACCUGUCAAUGCUCUUCUGGGUAAAUGGGUCCCAGACUGAAGAUGCAUAAUCUAAAAUCGGACGGAUAAAGGCUUUAUAUGCUCUUUCUUUCACACAGGAGUUGCCAAUCUUUAGAUUUCGCCUUAAGAACCCCAAGGCUUGGUUUGCUUGGUUACAUACAUUCCAUGUUGAAACUUAGGUAACAAAAGACUACUGCUUAAAACUUAAAUUGCAUUUGGAAUGAUCUUUUAGGAAAUGGGGAGGGGAUACUUCAUAACUGUAGAGAAUAUGUUGUUGUUUUUUUAUCCGAUGGUCUUAGGCGACCCUUGUGAAAGGGUCGUUCGACCCCCCAAAAGGGUCGCAACCCACAGGUUGAGAAACGCUGACCUAGGGGAAACCUCCGUGACCAAUAUCCCGUGGAACACAUCGUUGGCCUAACACCGCUAACUCAAAACCAGCCGUUGAAUUAAAAAUACUGUAAACGCGUAAUUUAAAAAAAAAUAAAAUUAUGGGGCAAUGGCCAUUGGUUUAUCAUUGCAACAUUAUUUUGUUUUUCAAUUUUAAAGUCCGUAUUAUGAGAACAAUCUUGGUUAAUGGAAAUUAUUUGGUUGGUUGGAGUUGGGGGGGGGGGCGGCAAAAAACUCUUGAGGCGUAGCGAGGGUGUUUGGCGCCCGGGGACAAGAUUCGCGCCCGGGGACAAGAUCCAUUUUAAAGCGCCCCUUUUUCUUUUUUUUUCAACUCUCAAACCCAUUAUUUUCAUCAAUAAAAUAAUAUCAAAGCACAUUUUGGCGCCCCUAACUAGCUGGCGCCCGGGGACAUCUGUCCCCCUGCACCCGCCCUCCUCGCUACGCCUCUGCCUCUGGUGGCACUAACCCUAGCUACGGCACUGACUAAAUUCAUAUAAAUAUAACUUAUGGGUAUCAUUAUUUGAAAUACAAAGGCAAAUACACAGAUAAAUCAAGGGAAAAGGCUGAGAAAUCAGACUUUUAUCUACUGAUCAAUCCGUGCAAAAUUAAUACGAAAGUUAAGAAGAAAGACUUGUGUGGAUUUUGUGAAUAGAGUCUAUAAAAUGUUUUCUUUAAUAUAUAUACAGGAAUUUUGCAGCAAGAUGGAGAGAAAUUUGCCACAAGAGGUCUUUGGCCAGACUUUUUGAAAACACUCAGCCACAAAGAGAGCAUCGAUUGUGCAGAGGUAAUAGUACUAACUCCCAGGGGCGUCAUUCCCCACCCACCCUGUGGUGAAAGCGAAACUCCGCUCCCCAUUUUUUACCACACCGACCUAGUUCAAUUCUGCAUGGUAUUUAAUUCGAGUGUUCACUCUGUUCACUGUAAACAUUAUCACAAGUAAAAGAAAACUAUUGUUAAAAAAGUGUUUGACGUAACUGGUGACUAAAAAUCUCAAAAGACAUUGUCAUUGGGGACUAAAAAUCUUAAAAUAUCAAUGAUUCUUUACAUUUUUCAGCAAACCCAAUUCUCAAAUCCAGAAAUAUUUCAAAAACUAAAUUUAGUAGCCCAUAAUUAUUUUUUUUAGUAUAUAUUCUAAAAAUUUAAAGCUCCCAUUGGUAUAAGUCCGAAUUUGAGAUAAAAAAUGGGUUUGUCUAAGCUUUUGUUUCAGGAUUCAAUACAAGCGAAACCAUAAUAAUUUUUGAAUGAGAAUUUUUGUUUUCAUUUUCCAUAUUUACUUUGUUACUGUUACCUGUAAAGAUUCAAAACCCGGCAGGGGGGUAUCCUACACCCUUAACUUAGGUUGAAAGCAACUGUGGACAACACCAGAUGUAGACCUACUUUGUAUUAAAAUUGAAUCAGUAUGAUUUAAAUUGCAUUGCUUUACUCACAGUUUAUGAUCAUAAAAUGCGAGCACUUCCUGUUUAUAUUGUAAUUGUUUUUAGUCGUGAAUUCAGAAACAAUGGCGUAUGAAAUUAAUAAAAGAGGUUGGACAUUGGUGUAUGUAGGCCAGCGUAUUUUAAAAUCUCAUCCACUACAUAAAUCUUACAUUUAAAUAUCUUUUUAAAAAUGCAAUUUUAAGUACGUGUUUAACAUAACCAUGGCCCCCCACAGACUCACAACUUAUCAUGUCAUGUCAUAUAAAAUUAAAAAGAGCCUGGUAAUAUUAAAUACUAUAACCAUUAAUUAAUUGCCUAAGAGCUGGCCCAGAUUAUUGUAUAUCUUGCAGGGAAAUUUCCAACUAGUACAACAUUCAUUGUAGUGAUAUAUAUUCUUUAAAUGAAUCAAUCAAAUAUUAAAUUCCCAUUUUUUUGCAGGCAAAAAAAAAAAAGUUAAAUAAUAUAUAUAUAUAUUAUAUAAACACUGGCAGCAUCAAUCAGAACUACUACAAAUUAAAUGUUUCUUUUAAAUUUUGGAAGUAUGUUCAAGGUUUACAACUAUAAUUAGAAAGUUCUGUAAAAAAAAUAAAAAAAUAAAAAAAUUUAAUCAACAUUAAAUUUAUUUCAGUUUAUUUUAGUGUGUGGCUGAGCUCGCUCUUAAAGCAGCACAAAGAAAAUGAGAAGGCAGAAGAGAAGAGGAAAAGCCUGGAACAGCAGGAUCUCAGAAGAAAAUUUGUGUAUUGGCUGAUGGAGACCAAGAGACGCCUCAAAAUCAAACCCAUUGUGCAAAGAAGAGAAAUGGAAAGCUUGACAGAGUAAGUCUACAUUUCAACAAUUUUGUUUGGAAACCAAACUGUUUUGACUGGUGCAUGAAAUCAAUCCCUCAGUUUUAGAUAUGUCAAUUAUUCAACUAUCUAAAUAUGAAGUUAACACAGAUAAACGAUUUUUUUAAAACACUUUAAAUAUUAUUAGUUUAUAAAUUUUUAUAGAUACAUUUGUUGUUUAAACUUUUUUUCUUUAAAUUUUGACAGUCUCAUUUGGAUAAAAAUGAUUAUUUAAGUUAUGUAAUUUGUUUGAGCUUCAUAAGAAAUUUAAAAAAAUAAACUACAUCAGUUUAAUUGUUAAGAGAACAUUGAUAUUUAUAAUUAUUUUCUUAUAUUAUCGAUGAAUUUACCUAAAAGAAUUUUUCUACGUAAAUUUUGUUUGUUAUUGAAUAUUAUUAUGAAAUAUUUCCACAGAGUUUUUGCAUCCUGGAAAAGUUUUGUUAUGCACAAAAAGAAAUGUAAACAGAACAAAGCAGCUUUUCAACAGAAAAUUCUACAGAAAAUAUUUGUUUCCUGGAAGUAAGCUAUUUUUUAAAAUCAGCCUACUUCAAUUACUAAGCAUUAAAAUUAAUCUGAUGCACUGGUAUAAUUGUUUAGAAAAUUAAAAAUUAAAUAAUUUCACCUCGAUUAUGAUCUCUUGUGAUCUUUGAUGCAGUGGCUCCAUUAAGGUGUUCCUACUAGGCAAUAUAAAAAAUUUCCAUUGAGUGUUACAUUAAUAUCAUCAUCAGUUGUUUACUCAUUUAAAUUAUGUCUUGAAUAAUGCAAAUGUUAACAUUUUGCAAGUUAUGUGUGACCCCACCUGUUAUUUUAAUGAGUAUUUAUAAAUUAAUAUAUUAUAUGAAUGAAAAAUUCAGAUUUUUUAAAUUAAAUAUUGAAGUUGAAAUCUAAGAAUACAAAAUUUAUUUUAUUUGAAUGUGGUUUAUUCCCUUAAUUCCCAGACGUCAGCUCAGUGUUUGCCAAAUUGCCAAAGAAAUCGGAAACAGAAUCUCACAAGGAUUACUCUUGGCCCUUUUGGAAGGUUGGAAGUUUGUAAUCAUGAGAAAGAGGGCCAGCAGAGAUUUCAGGAAUAAUCAUCUCCUAAACACAAUGUUCUUUACUUGGAAGAAUCGAGCCAGCAGUUUAUAUACACACAGAGUGAGGAUGGAAGAGGAACGGGUCAGUUUCAUGCCAGUUAAUAAAAGAACAUUUCAAAUAGUGAGAGACAUCUUGGAAACAAAGAUUAAACUAAAGCCCAUUCAAUCAACUAACAUUAAGUUUUUGUUAUAACAGAUUUAAAAUAGGGAUAUACAAAAAAAUUUUUUUUAAAUUUACAAAAUCUCUAUACAUUGUCUGAACAAUAAAAUUACAAGUGAUUAGGCCGCACUUGGAAUAAUUUGGACACUUGCAAUGCCCAAACAAAAUUUUAACUGCUCAGCCUUAAAAAAGAUUAUCCACUGCACCUUUGCUCCUUUUUAGUUUAGGAAGAAUUCAUUUGUAUUUUUUGCAUUGUUUUCCUGGGAAAUAGUGGGAAAUGGGAGUGAUGUGGGGCUGGUCAGCAAGGGUAAAACAGGGGACCAUGGGGAAAACAGGGGAGCAAGGGUAAAACAGGGGAAACCUUAGAGGAUAAGGGUUGUUAAAUGUUAGCAUCACUUAAAUGGCAAUUUUAAUUUUUGUUUUUAUUAAGCGCUGGUGAAGAUUUGCUAAUAUAAAUUAUUAUUAUUAAAAUAGAAUGCAUCUGUAAACCUAUUGAUACUAAGAGAAACAUUAUCCCCCCUUUUUUUUUCAAAUGGAAGUUACAGAACAUUGUGUUAACAGUAUAAUUUAAACCAGAAAAACAUCUGUUACUGCAGGAAAAUAACAUGCAGUUGAAAAAGUGGAGCUUUACCCAGUGGAGACAGAAUGUCCUGAGCCAAAAAUGUUGGGUUGAUGAAAGUAUUCAAAAGCUGCUUGACAGGCAUAACGGGUCAGAGCUGGUCAGAUUUUUCACUACCUGGAGGAGACAGCUUCACUCAACACUUAUAGCACGGUAGUUAAAUAUUGCUGUCAUAUUUUAGUAUUGAUUCCUUUCAACUUCUUUAUAUCAUAAUUUAAAUAUAACUAUAAAUAUUUUAAAUUAUGAACUGAACUUCAGAGAUAAAUUUUUGUGUAAAUUUUGAAUGAGGCACUGGUCUAUUUUGUAUAAAUGUUUAAUGGAACACUGAUGUGUUGUGUGUAAAUAUUCAAUGGAGCAUUGGUCUAAAGUUUCAUCUUUUAGAUAUGGUAUUAUCUGGCCUCUGUUAAUAAAAAUAAAAUAAUAAACAAUUUUCUUUUGCUGAUAUUUUUAUGGUAGUGGUUAUAAUGGUUAGCAUUUAUACAAAGCCCCCAAGAACUUAUUGAUCACCCAAAAAAUGCAAUGGACUAAUCAUGAAUAGUUUGUUGAUACAGUGCUUUUGUCUUACUUAAUUGCAUUUUGUAUCCCCUCACAAUAAAAACAAUCUUGGUGGAAUAUCUUGACACUAAAAAAUCCUUAAAUUAAACUAGAGAGCCAGAUGGCAGCAGCAUAAUUAUAAAAAUGGACAGUUGUUUAACAGGAAUUAGGGUUUAAUUAUUUUUUUCCCUUGAUCUGAUUUAAAUUUUUUUUUUUUGAAGAGGAUUAUUUUUAAAAAUAACAAUGCAAAUAAUAAUUUUCAUGUCUGUGGGCUCAUCUUACUCUAAUUUAGAUCAAAUUAAUUGUUAUUAAAUUUGGACCAAUUAAUAUUAAUUUGCUCAUUAGAUUUAUUACAUGAAAUUAUCUCACAGUAUUCUAAUUGAGAAGUCUAUAUGCACAGGGCUUACAACAAAACACAGACUUACCGAUUUUUGGCAACCAUUUUCUCUGCCUGGCAUGAAGUCACUGAUCAUGCCGUCUCAGAUGCUGUCCAAAUGUUCUCAGAAAGGAUUGGACUCGUCAAAGCUAAUACACAGGAUUGCCGAUCCCAUAUAGUAUCUUUUUAUGCAGAAUACAAUGGUGAGUCAUUGAAUAACUUCAUUGCCAUGUCCAGAUUUUUAUUUGCCCUAAAAGGCUCGUGAAUUUGGUUGAUUUAAUCAGUGACUGAUUUGUGCAUCAGUGAUCAGCAUGCACUCAGUACUAGUAUCAGCUGGUAAGCAUGAGUUCAGCCGCGAACUGGCUGUUAAAAAAACCAGAUGAUAACUACUGUUUUGUCAAAUAUUUUACAGGAUUAAUUCUCAGUAAAAGUAUUUUCUUCAAUUUUACACUACUUUGCGGAAAGUGGUUCUCAGAAUGGUUACAUUCAUAUAUCCAGACCUGUUUUCAUAAGGCAGAUGCAUGGAUUGUUUCAACUCAUACUCUUAGGACUUCUACAAUUUUUAUUUAAUGGACUAUUUCAUAGGUGAAGAGUAUAGGGACUUAUCCCUCUAGUAUUGGAGAAUAACCUAAAAAUAACUAUAUAAAAUAGCAUUCCAUCAAAUUACAUUUUCUCAUUUAUUUCACUUCUGUGCAGGAAAUGUACAUGACACUUCUGAUAAAGGUCUGACGGGAAAUUUUUCAACACCCAGUCUUGUUUUAGAUAAUGGAAGGUAAUUUUCAAAGUUAGAGCCAUUUAAUAAACUGAAUCAAAGAAUCACAUCUCUUGCUUUAGGAUUUUUAGUUAAAGGGCUUUUAUUUAGAUUUCCUGGAUUUAAAAAAAUAAUAUAACAUUCAUGGAAACAUUGGGUGCAGUAUUACAAUGAUUUUUCUGAAAUACUUUCUUACAAACACUUCUCAAUUGAAGAAGUUAGUUUAUCAAGGGAUAAUAAUACAUUUUUCUAAUACAGCUUUUUUUUGUUUCUUUUUUUUUUUUUUGCUGGGGAUAUAAAACUAAACACAACAGAUUUGAGGUGUGUGCCAGAAGAAUUUGUAUGAUACUUUUUUUCUUAGAUUGGUGUCAGAUGGAGAAAUAACUUUCUUACAAACACUUCUCAAUUGAAGAAGUUAGUUUAUCAAGGGAUAAUAAUACAUUUUUCUAAUACAGCUUUUUUUUGUUUCUUUUUUUUUUUUUUUUGCUGGGGAUAUAAAACUAAACACAACAGAUUUGAGGUGUGUGCCAGAAGAAUUUGUAUGAUACUUUUUUUCUUAGAUUGGUGUCAGAUGGAGAAAUGAACUUAGACACUGACAGAUAUAAUUUAAUUAAUGGUGGAUUGAUAGCAUCCAUUGAAGACCAUCAGGCGAAAUGUCAGAGGUUAAAGGUAAGUUCUAUGAUUGAUAUGAUUAAACUAUUCUUCUUGCUACUUACAAUAAAUGCUUUGACCAUUUGAAAUCUUUUUCUGUUGUUUUUUUUUAUUAACACAAACUUUAAAAGAAACAUUUUCAUUCGUCACUAUUCAUGAAUUCAUGUCAUUUUAAAAACCCUUUGAUAUGAUUUACAUCAUUUAAGUGUUUUGGUUCAAAUUAAUUCAUUUUGUACUAAUAAAAAUGUUUUCAUUAAGAAUAUGAAAACAAUUGAAAUGUGCAUAUAAGGAUAACUGACUAACAAGGAUUUUUCUUUUUUUUUAUCUUCUCAGGAAAUGGUCACAAAGGCUGUAAUUAGAUUGAUGCACU